AUGGCAACUCUUCCUUCAACCUCACAAGCUCCCGAGUGGGCGACCCAAGAGUCAGAUCUUGUCGAGGACCUUGACGAACCCCCAGAACUCCGGCUCUACAUGCCAACUCCCAAGCCUCUGCCUUUCCAGAGGUCGCCGAUUCGCCCUAAGCAGGUCGCAUCCUCGCUUUUGACCCAGGCCAUCCUGGGCCAGUCCGACGAGGAGGAGGGCCAUGUUUUCCACCCCACCAAGACCGCCAGCCAGCGCCGCCGCUCCAUCGUGAGCAAUGCGAGUAUUGCUUCUACCGCUGAUCUGACCAGUGAUACUGGCAUGACCAGCCCUUCGCGAACCAACACCCCCAGCCCUCCUCUCCCGGAUCUGUCAAUGCUCCGCCUUCACCAGGGCGCGACCGAGCAGAAGACCAGUCUCAUUGCUGGCUUCUUUGGCGCCAAACGAGCGGAGGAACCUGCCAAGGAGGCUCCUCGAAGGCGAUGCAUUCAGUUUGCCUGUGUUGCCAAGCCUCAGGCCCAAACAAAGACUAGUGCCGCCCCUGCUGCCGCUCCCUCGACUGCCGCUCCUCCCAUGGUCAAGACUCCCGUGACCGAGGAAGCGCCUAAGCGAUGCAUCAACAUGACCCAUCCUCUUCCCACCUCUCCUCGACCCUCUCCUGUUCAGCCAACGCUCGCUCGACCUCGAUUCCUACGUGCUACAUCCACGGAGCUCAUCAAGGAUGCCUCUCAGUUCCACGAGUUCGCCAGUGGUAUGGCUCGCGAGGAUGACUGGAUUCGACAAAAUGACUCCGUCCAGACCAAGCUUACCAUCUCCGAUACUUUGGUAAAGGAGAACCUGUUUCGCCGACUGGGGGCUGAAGUCGAGGAGGAAGCCGAGCAGGAAGAGCAGGAAGAACUCGAGGCCGAGACCGCCAUGGGCGAUGAUGAGGAUGAGGACGAGGAUGAGGACGAGGACGACGAACUCGAUGUUCUGGAUGUCGAGGACGAGGACGAGGAUGAGGACGAGGAUGAUGAGGACGAGAUGGACGAUGGCUCCGACGGAUACCACACUGAUGAAGAGACCGGCUUCGCUGAUUCCGACGAGGAAGAUGACGAGGACGAGAACAUGAUCUUGUGGACUCCGGGCCGCACCCCAUCUGCCCUCAAUCAGGUCACUACUAGCCUGGCUCGCCGUCUCUCCAUGACCGAGCAACACUCGGACUCCUCUAUUGGAUCCCGACGCAGCCGUCGCCGAUCCAAGCCCCGUCCCAUUGGACCUCAAGUCGAGGCGCCGGACUUGCCCGACAGCACUGACUUUGUGUGCGGCACGCUCGACGAAGAUCGCCCUGUUGAGGAUGCCUACCUCUCGUGCCUCGCCGCCCGCAGGAACGAGAAGCUGCGCAUCAUCCCCCAAGACAUUGAUCCAAGCUUCCCGGCUUCGGACCUUGAGGAAGAGGACGACGAUGAUGUCUACGCGGCUGCUCCUGACAGCGACGAUCACGCUUGGGUCCAGGGAGCCAUGGAGGAUCUUGAUGACGAGACAGACCGCGCUCGAAGGAGGCGCAAGGGCGAGACCACCUCUCCCCGACGAUUCCGUUCUCCGCCUCCCAAGCGACGCGGCUCUCCCGCCCCCAAGCCUCGCGCACGCUCUCCCAAGCCGCUCUUUGACCGCCAGUCGCCUCGACGAGCUCGCUCCCCUGCGCCCAAGGCGAUGGCCAUGGCGACUCCCAUCCAGACUCCACGACAGGGUGCGCAUGCCAAGUUCCAGCUGGCUGGCCGUCCUGGCCUUACCCAUACAAAGUCUCUCCCUCGCCCUGCCGCCAUCUUCCGCCACCAAAAACAGCCCAAGGGCUCCAAGACUUCCUCUGACAAUGAUGCGCACAUCCGCAGCGCCAUUGACAUCGUCAAGGGCCUCGAGAAGAAGCGUCUUCGCCGCAAGGAGAAGUUUUUCCAGAAGUACUGCGAUCGUGCCCGCCGCGGCCAGAUCCCUGAGCGCAAGCCGCUCCCUGGCACCGGCGCUGAACGCAUGCGAGAGCUUGGGUUGCUCAUGGCCGGCAAGAAGGACCCGGGCAACUACGUGCUCUCGUGUUAAAAAGAGGAGAGAUUUUCGAAAAAAAGUUUUUGCUGGCUUCUACAACUUCUUAUUAAACCAACAAGGACGCAUCUGGAGGAGUUUGAGCGAGCCUUUGAUAGGCAAGGGUUCCACAGUCCCACCAUUCGAUGGGCGGCGUUCACAUUUCAUGACCGCAGCCGCUUAUGGGCGAGUCCUAUUAGACCGGUGUCCACUGCUCUUCCUUUUGUCGUCUUCAUUCUCUUCUGUCUUUCCUUUUGACGACUUUUACGACUUUUUUCUAUCUUAUAUAAUUACAUGACUUGACCCGGAGUCUGGCCCUUUGCAGAGGCCGCUCCUGUACAUAACGACCUUUUCACAUUAUACGUCUUGGGUUUUUGCUGUUCGCAGCGGAAAGCAAGCAUACUUGGAAACAGUACAUCUUUGGGCACAGAAGGCGGGAAGGCUUUUUGAUUGCUUUUUGGAUACACCAUGAGACGCAUUGGGAAUGCGCGACUCAGCUGGCGUUGGAGGCGGGCACACAAGAUGCCGUCUGCUUUAUUACUAGAUAGUAAUCCUACUGAUUUCAAGG